CACUGCGCAAGCGUUCUUAGGUGGUGACUGCUAAUUACUUUACCAAGGGUUCCUCCAGUUGCUCUCAUGAUCUGUUUUUAGCAUCUUAGCAAGCAUAACAUUCAUAUGUUAAAGAUUCCCCUAAAAGGAAGGUGAGAGACGCAUUGAUGCGGCGCACAUGAGUGAGGUAACUCUACUCAUUUUAAGAAGCUUUAUUCGAGUCCCGGAGGAAAGAAGGAGGUGUUAGCGUGUGCAAGGUACUGCCAUGGUUAAUAUUUAAUAGCGGGAUGGUGUAUGGGACAUUUAGAUGAUAUUUCGCUCAUCGGACUUUGACAAUAAGUUUUAUCUGACAAACGUCGACCCAAUGCAGCUUCUCUUCCAAGAGGUGUUCAUCAUUGUAGGGUGACAAUCUUGAGGUGAUAAAAUGCCAACGAACUCCAGGAAGAGAAAGGUUUUAAUCGUCGUGAGUUUGCUGGUCUUCUUGUUUUCCUUGAGCUCUGCCGUGAUAUUACUGGAUUACGAACGUGUUAAGGAAUGCCUUCCCCCAGAAGUUGUGGGAAUCAAACUGAGUUACGAAGAAUGGAAAAGGCAUCCAUCAUACAACUGGCACUUCUACUACCAAGGCUACUUCAUCGCUCAAUAUGAGGGACCGUAUACAUUCACUGUGACUUGCAGAAUGGAAAACGGAUGCGAAUUCUGGAAAAGUUCAGAUGCUGAACCUGGCAACGCUGUGAAAAUCCCUCAUACUUCAUAUUCUAAAUAUAGUAGGCAUCGCUGGGAAUACAAGUUCACCGUGCAAGCAAUCAAGGGGGUUAUGUACUACUUCAAAGCCACUCAGAUCAAGAACAAAAUAGACCCGGCAGUUUGGGUUGAGGGCAGUUCCGGCACGCCAAUUCUACUCAACUAUGAUAGAGCCUCCACUCUAAGCAAUGUCUCCCUGCUCGGGGACUGGGGUUCGUGGGGACAGUGUGACAAAUGCGUAAAUAGUCAACAAAGUCGCAACAGAACGUGUGUUGACAGCCCACCUAUCAUACGAGCCAGGAUAGAUACAGCAAACAUACUACCGACUGGCAACAGACCAUGCCACCAAACAACCUCGUGCUCAGGUGUACAGUAUACCAAGGCCUACUCAUACUCAUCCAACUCAUGCAAUUCGGUAUGUGGCUAUUAUAAUCAGUUGUGUGCGUCGAAAGGCCAUGACUUGCCCUCGGAAUCAGCCUUCUGGAUCUUCCAAGCCUUCGGGAUAUCGUGCGAAUACAUUGACCGCAAAAUGUACAGUUCUUCGAACCCGUUGAGCUAUUCAGGCUACCCUUAUCGUACUUGCCAUGGGUUCGAAGGGAUUCCCGAAGAAUUUUAUUGCGAUGCCUGGAAAUCCGGCAGGUAUCCCAUCUGUCCUUGCAUCGCUAAGCCAAAUCCUCCAGCUUUUCAUGCUACAGCGCUGAACCAGACGUCGAUCAAGAUCUCCUGGACUAUACCAUCUAAGACGCCACUGCGCUAUCAUUUCGAGGUGAAGGGAGGCGAUAAGACCGAGAUCGACAAGAACGUGGCGGCCGACCCAGCGGUUGGCUCGGUGGAGGUCAUAGGUUUGAGCCCCGGCAUAACGUACAGUGUCAGCGGCAAAGCGUCAAUUGCAGCAGGCUACGGUGAAAGCUACCCGCUGUAUGUCACGACGAUAAAAGAAGCUCCAAUUGACGUCCCAAGCGAUGUGAAAGUUGACAUCUAUGGCUCAACAACACUCUCUGCCACAUGGGCAAGGGUGUCGUCGGCCGACGGGUACAUGGUGUACUACGACAAAUGUACUAAUGGCACCACAGCCUACCCGACUGUGACUUCAUACGCCCCGUAUUGUUACCGGCACAAUGUCGAACUUCGCGUGUGUUACUGUGUGCGCGUUGCCGUGAUGACCAGCGGCGGAACUGGACCGAAGAGCGCAUGCGUGAAUAUCACCACUGGAGUGAUAGUACCGUCAAUUCAGGCCGUUACACCGUUCAACAGCACCGCGCUCACUAUAACAUGGGAAGAGUCUUUGCCAGUAGACUUGCUCCGCUACGAGUUUGUUGUAAAAAGCUAUGUACUCGAAAAGGGAUGGAUCAGCUUCAAGAAAGUCAACGUUACGGACCUCUCGUUAUUGAAUGUAACAGUGGGAGGACUACAAGCCUACACGUGGUACUAUGUCUAUGGCAACGCCAGGGCCCCAGGCAUAUACCGCGAAUCGACACAAGGUUUUUGGGUGAAAACCGACGAAGGAGUCCCUUCAGCAGGACCAGAUCGCGUUAGCUUGCUGCCACUCGACACAGACACGAUCUUUGUCACCUGGUACUCCAUUCCUUACGGGCAAAGAAACGGUAUAAUACUUAAAUACGUCAUCUAUUAUCGCCCAUGUGAUGAACUCCAAAAGGAUGGAGACUACAAUACCUCUGAGGCAGAUGCCAUGUAUUCCUACUCAAUUGAAGGACUUAGUAGCUCAACCUGCUAUCAUGUUCAAUUGGCGGGAAAGACAAAGGCAGGAGUUGGGGUGCGAAGUGCUGCCGUGAAUGCGACUACGGGUCAUCAAGGUCCAUCGGCACCUCCUUCGAACUUUAUCGCCGAAGCGAAGACCUCCCGUUCGAUUCAAUUACGAUGGGGCCAAGUGCCCGAUGAUCACAGACACGGAUCCAUAACAAAAUACGAAGUGAUUUGUAGCAGCACUGACAGCAGCCAACCGGAGCAGAUAAGAGAGGAGAGCUACAAUGCUAACAAAAGUAUAAGUACCUUUGAUGGCUUGACGCCCUAUACCAAAUACUGUUGCAAGAUAGCUGCGUACAAUGUGUAUCGAUACAUGGGGAAGCAAAGUGACUGCGCCUUCGUAACAACCUUAGAGGAAGCACCAACUGGAAAACCAUUGUCGGUUCAUGCAUACAACACAAGCUCUUCCUCGAUCAAUAUCACAUGGGAACCAGUUCUCCCCGAACUGCGUAACGGACCCUUGGGAAUCUACAUGGUGGUGAUCGCUCCAGUGAACGGCACCAAGAAAAAAACAGUCAUGAUAAGCGGUGUUUGUAAUCUCACGAUUAAUGUCACUUCCCUGAACAAGUUCAGCAACUACUGUAUUGAAAUUCAGAUGGUUAAUCGAGCAGGCAGUGGACCAUUUACCCCUUGUUAUUUGGUCUCUACAGAUGAAGAUGUUCCCGAUGGCGCACCUAUUGUGGCUGCCGAAGCCGUGAAUUCAACUUCUUUGCGCAUAAACUGUACAACCCUUCCCACAUCGGUUGCAAAUGGCUAUGUGAUUGCGUUCAAUGUUUACGUUGAAUCCAUUGAUGGCAGCCACAAGCUCAUUGAAAAGAAGGAUGGAUUAACAAGUGUGGUCCCCAGCCUUCAAAAGUUCACCAUGUACCAGAUCCAAGUUUCUGCUUUGACCAGAAUUGGGGAAGGACCAAAAAGUGCUGUUGUUAAUGCUACAACGGCUGAAGACGUGCCAAGUUCUGCGCCAAGUUUGUUGCAGGCAUCGGACAUCUCCUCCACACAUGUAGUGGUCAGGUGGACAGCGAUCCCCACCGCUGACCGACACAGCGUGCUCACAGGGUACAGACUGGUGUACAGUAAAUGCAAAAAAACAAACGCAACUAUGAACAUAACAGUCAGUGCUGAGACAUUAACGGCGGAGAUAAUACACUUACAGCCUUCUUCUUGUUACUGUAUACAAGUAGCUGGAGUCAGUAAGGUCGGUGAAGGGACGAGGAGCCAGUGUCUCAAUGUCACGACAAUGAUAGAGGCUCCAUCCGGUUCGCCGUCUAUCGAGAUUGUGGUCGAUAUCAGCUCAACAUCCUUGCUAGUCAGAUGGGAACCACUUGACCCUGAGCUUGCUAACGGAGAAGUUACAAACUACACCGUGUAUUAUACGAGUAAAACCGUUAGGAAUUCCGUUGAUGUCAGUGCAAGGGACACUGAAGUCCUGCUUAGUGGCCUGGUUAAGUUCUCAAUGUACUGCGUCCAAGUUGCUGCCCAUAACCUAGCCGGGAAAGGACCUCUAAGUCCGUGUAUCAAUGCUACUACAUCUGAGGACGUGCCGUCCGCCGCUCCAGGUAACCUCAACUAUCGCGCUAUCAACAUUACAUCCCUUGAGGCUACGUGGUCGCCGAUAUCACGCACGAUGUCAUCCGGGAUCCUUCGUGGCUAUCAACUUUACAUCUCCCCGCCUUUAGAGGGCGUGGAGGUCUCACCUCUAAUCAUACACGGCAACGUGUCGAGAAAGAUUGUGACAGGUUUGGUGCCUUUUACGGCUUAUUGCAUCAACAUCUCGGCAUUUACAAUAGUUGGAGAAGGACCAAGGAGUGAAUGCGUCGAAGUAUUUUUACGAGGAGGCCCUCCGACAGUGCCUCCAAGUAACGUAACUGGCCAAAACACCAGCACCUCUUCAAUCCUCAUCACUUGGGAGCUGAUUGAGCAUGGCCCUGCUAAUCAGCCCGACAUUCAUGGAUAUCGAGUAACAGUAAUGAACGAAUUGUUCUCAGAACAAUCGACCAAGAUAGUGGAUAACUCUACCCGUUACCUGGAGGUUUCAGGAUUGCGUACCUUUACUGUGUAUGGUGUAGUAAUCGCUGCGUUCAACGAUAAAGGCGAUGGGCCACCCAGCAAGCUUAUUCACGUGUCCACUGAUGGAAAAGUUCCUGAACCCUCCUUUAAACUUCCUGAAGCUGCUGGGCAAAACUUGAGCUCCACGUCGCUUGCGGUCAGCCUUCCAUCCGUCGCAAGAGACGGCUUGAACGGCGACCUGAUUGGCUAUCAGGUAACCAUGUACCGGACGGACCAAGAUGGCCAACUUGUCCUCGAGCCUUAUAAGGAGCUAACGCUUCCGAGUACAAAUAGCUCAAUUUUGCUCUCUAACCUGCACAAGGGAAUUAACUACUGCAUUCGGAUAGCUGCAGUGACACAAUACGGGUCAAGUAACUACAGCGACUGCUCGUACGCGGCCACUAAUGAAGAAGCUCCAAGUGUUCCGCCACAAAACGCGUCUGUCGUAUCAACCGGUGCGUCCUCAUUGCUUGUCACGUGGAAGCCAAUUCCAUGGCAACUGAGCAACGGCAGAAUCCAAGGUUACAUCUUGACGCUAAGAAGGGUUACAAACACCACCCAAUCGAAACGACGCAAGCGCAGAAGUGUGACCACAGACAUCAUAAGUGUCACGCUUCCAAGGGACACCUUGUCAUAUCAGUUCACAGGGUUGACCGAGGAAACGGAGUACUGCACAGAUUUGAAAGGUUUCACGGCUGCUGGUACGGGCACUGGGUUUUCGUGUCUUCCGGGACAAACACAAGCGCAAGAGGUUAUCAUACCAAUUGUCUCCCAGUUCCGCUCUCCCGGUCGCCGAUCACUCGAGAUACGGAUAACCUUGGACGACCAAGCGACCAUCUUCAAGAGCGGCUUCCUGCUUAGAUUCAACGUACGGUACAAAGCAGUCAAAAAGGCCGGGAAAGACAUUGGAUCUGCGACACCACUACUCAUAAAAGAGGUUCCGGGUAGCGCUACCAAGGUUGAACUCCAAGGUCUAGAGAUCUACACGACGUAUGCAAUUGAAGUCGGUGCGGUUACUCAACUGGGUAUCUCUGGGUACAGCAGAAAAAUAUAUCUCGAGACCUGCAAAUGUCCGCCGGUACUUCACACAAGUUGGUACAGCAACAGUCCAUUCACCACUCCAACAGACUCCACUUCACAAAGAGGUCUGGUCACACGGAUGUUACCCGACAUAAUCACCAGCGCCUGUGGGUUAUGUCGUGACCAGCUCACAGCGCUCGACCUCGGUGACCCGCAGUACAACUUGACGUCCUUUAAGGACGACCUGAGCGAUUCCAUGGAUAUAUCCUUUCCAGUGUAUGCUGUCAAGGGCAAGGUCCAAGUCAGAGGUGUAUAUGUACCCAUGGUAAGGAUCCCCGCAGUACUAUUGCUGAGCAGAAGCCAGGAGUCGAAGGUUGAGCGCUAUGCCCGUGUAGUGGGGACUUCAAUGCUGCAGUGCUGGCCCCUGGUUGCCAUUAAUGUGGUCAUGAUGAUUCUGGCUGGCCAAGUCAUAUGGUUUUUGGAGCUCGGUGAAGAUGAAGAUCAGUUUCCAAACACUUUUUUUCCUGGCAUCUGGGAAGGCAUUUGGUGGGCUAUGGUUACCAUGUCGACUGUUGGGUACGGGGAUCGGGCGCCUUCGUCGACGGCUGGUCGAGUAUUUGGUGUCGUCUGGUCAAUAAUCGGCCUCGUAAUGACUUCGAUGCUAGUCGGAGGAAUCUCUUCGUCUUUGACUAUGACUGUUGUCGAAGAAAGUGUCAGCUCAGGCGUUAAAAAAGGGGAUGCGAUAGCGGCGGUGGCAUCUUCACCUGAACACUCAGCCGCUCAGAGUUUGGCAAAAGGACGAGCAACUUAUAAAUCCUACAAUACACUUGAUGAAGUCAUAAAUGCGUUUGCGGCUCUACGCGUCAAUACCAUCGUGGUUGACCCCUACACCGCUAAGUCUCGCCCAGAUCUAUUCAAUAAGACCUGGUACUCGAUCAGUGACAUCGUCGACGUUGAUAUAACCUACGGCGUGGUACUGGGCGGUGAAGCUACCUUGUUAGAGAGGCAUUUCAGGGAAUAUACCAAUAGCGCCAACAUCUCAACUAUCCGUAUGGAUUUUAAAGUUGAUAACAGCACCGACAAUACGGAAUCCGCCCCUGAUAUGACCACGAAAAAAGAAGAGGAGCAAGUCAGCUUUCUUGACCCAACCUCCUCGCUCUACAGCAAAAGUCUCUAUAUCUCGGGCUUAGCUCUCCUCGGGGCUGCGCUCAUUGGUCUGGCCUAUCACGUGCUCAUCUACACGCGGACAAGACGUUUAGUUUCGAAAAGGUUAUUAAUGAGGGAGAGCUACGACGAGACAGUUAAGGAAAUGAGAACGAUGCUGACUGAAGUCUACCUCAACUGCAAAUCAUUGCAUGAAAAAGGAAAAGCUGAGCAGGCUCAGAUCCACAGGUUGUAUAUAAAAAGAAGACAGGCAACCGUCAAGAAAGCAACAAAGGUGUAAGAGUAAAAGGGUUUUAUUUGAAUGUUUAAUAUAUCAUUUUACACCUAUUUUUCACUGAAUUUGUAAGCUUCGGUUUUGUCAGGGGUUGUACGAUAAGCGAUAAGUCUUUGUGACCAAGGCAUCCUUAACAAUACUACAGCCACUGUCCUCUAUAACUGUCUAUAACUCUGUCUUUUCUUUUGGUUGUCAGUCGGACCACGUCGCCCAGCCUUUGCUAAGUACACUAAGUAAAACAUCUACAUUGACUAUAGUUAGUUUAGACAGUUACAGUAUUUGCUUGAAUAAGCACCAUUUAAUGUUUCACGCCCUAGGCGAUGAGGCGCUUAUACAAAAAUAUGUUUCAUCUCUAGAUAAGAUUUUUUAACGUGCAGGCAAAAAAUAUAAUCAAGCUUUCAAUGAUAUAAUGUUCUGGCGAAUAUUAUUGUCAGUAUUUAAGCAAUUAGGGUACUUGACCUCGUAGAAACUGAAAAAAAGUUUCAAUAUUUUUUUUCGUUUUGGGUCAUUUUAUUUGGCAGUGAUUGUUUCGUAGAUGGGGAGUUCUGUAGUUUCAACGUAAGCCUAACACGGCUUUUUUUUCUUUUUUAUUUCUUUUCUUUCUUAAGCCAAAACAAACAUUGACCAAAUUUUCUUUAGUGUUUUGGCAGCUCAUAGUUUAGAUUUGAUCCAAGUACUAUUAGUGGAAAAUAGUGUAGAAGUAUUUUAUCGUCCUCGAGGAUCCAACCGUACACCUUGUCCUAGUGAGGUGUAGGGUCUCUUAGUGCCUUAAAAUAAUAAAAUGCACUUAAAUUUA